AUGGCAUUUAUGGAGAACAACUCAGAGGUAAAAGAGUUCACCCUUGUGGGAUUAACAGAUGUUCCCAAGCUUCAGGUCCCACUCUUCAUGAUAUUCACUGCAAUCUAUCUCAUCACCCUGGUGGGGAACCUGGGCAUGGUAGUCUUGAUCUCCUGGGAUUCCCAUCUCCACACACCCAUGUAUUUUUUCCUCAGCAACCUCUCUCUGGUGGAUUUUGGCUACUCUUCAGCUAUUACUCCUAAAGUGAUGGCUGAGUUUCUCACAGGGGACAAAAUUAUUUCCUACAAUGGAUGUGCUGCACAGAUGUUCUUUUCUAUAGCUUUUCCUGUUACUGAAAGUUACCUCUUAGCUUCUAUGGCCUAUGAUCGUCAUGCAGCUGUAUGUCAUCCUCUACAUUAUACCACCACUAUGACAGUUAAUGUGUGUGUUUCUUUAGCUGUUGCUUCCUAUGCCUGUGGUUUGCUGCAGUCUUGGAUCUUAACUGAUGGUACCUUUAGACUAUCCUUCUGUAGCUCCAAUGUGGUACAUCACUUUUUCUGUGACAUGCCUGCUCUCCUGGCUCUCUCUUGCUCUGAUAUACACACCAAUGAAAUGAUACUCAUUUUACUUGCAGGAUUCAAUGUAGUUUUUGGUUUUUUGGUUAUCUUAACUUCUUAUUUGUUCAUCUUCAUUGCUAUCCUAAGAAUCCGCUCCUCUGAAGGCCGACAGAAAGCAUUCUCCACCUGUGUUUCCCAUCUCUCUGCAGUUUCCAUAUUCUAUGGGACAAUUGUCUUCAUGUACCUGCAGCCCAGCUCCAGCCAUUCUAUGGACACAGACAAAAUGGCAUCUGUUUUCUACACCAUGGUAAUUCCCAUGCUAAAUCCUCUGGUCUAUAGCCUGAGGAACAAAGAUGUCAAAAAUGCUUUUAGGAAAGUUAUUGGAUGCUGA